CUGUCCAGCCAGCGCGUGUGACGGACAUCCCACUUUCUCGGAGACCAUGCUAAGCUCGUAGAGCAUUUUUACUUUCUUUUACUCCCAGGUCGCUCAUUCACCCCCAACUCUUCACUACCCCCUGUGAAGACGUCGUGCUGUCGACAUGGCCAACGACCUCCCUUCCAUGCAUAUCUCUGAACUUGCCUGUCCCGACCCUCUGGAGAAGAUCUUCCGACAAGUCGAGGAACAAAAUGAGCUCCGUGCUCAACUUGCGGAGGUCGAGGACACAGUCCCCAGGAUCUCGAGGACUGGUUCUACCGACAACCUCAGGAAGUCGCGAAGGCGGGGCAGCAUCUCCAUCACUCGUUUCGGUCAGCUCUCCAAUUCUGACCUCGGGGGGUCCAGUGCGCCCAUGACCCCGGCGCUUUCCGACAUCGCUUCCAAGUCGCCCUUCAUCCAGGCACAAUUGAAGAGUAAUAACGGCAGUCAAACAUCCUUUGCGUCCGCAGGGACCGAAGGUGACGAGCACCACGAAGAAGACCACCACGUCACGCAGAUCCACAACAUUGCGCCUCGUCAGAGUAUCUCACGUGCAAUGGGCGGAUUACUGCCGCGACGAUUGAGCCGGGCACGGUCGACGGUGAUGCCGACUUCAAACACAGAUGGUAUGGUCAUAGGAGUGUCUGUUGCUGCGGCAACGGUGGAACUUCCUGAGAACGCUGAAAUUGCGCCAACCGUCGUGGAAAGUGGGGGAGUCCUCCGCAACCAGACGUCGAAAGGAAGCCUGGCAUCGUCGCUGGGCAAGGUUUCUUGGACAUCCAAGGCCAUCCAAUUCACCAAGAAAUUCCGCAGAAAGAGCAAGGUGAACAUGAUACCCAACGCCGAAGUCUCGGCGGCCACGACCGCAUAGUGGCUUCAUUAUUCCCCGUUCACUGGUUGUCCAUCUCAUCCACUGUAUCAUAUAGAGUGCUCUCUUUAGCUGGGUAUCCGUCGCCUUUGUCUUUACUACGUCUCCUUACUAGCCGCUCUUGGGACUAAUACAAUUUAAGUACGCUAAAUUUAUCCAAUCGCGCUGGUCUGCAAAUGUCCCACGCCCAACACGUUUUUGAUGGUUCAAUUAUGCAGCCACUCUUCAGGCUGUCCGGGGUUAACUCGCCUCAGGCUGCCAUCGUAUAUAGAUGGCCAUCCACAGAUAAUAAGAAUGCAAACUGCACUAGACGUUCGUCCCGUCUUUCCUUUCCUUUCCGUCGCUCCCUACCUCUCUAACUGCGCCCGACGAUGCCCUUUGCUAAUCCGGCGUUCUCGCGUUCCCAUAGUGUGCGAGCGUAUGGCAGAUAUCCCACGUCCUUCGAUGAUACCGACGUUCCUCCCAUGUCGCCCUCGAAGCAUGCAUUGGACUCGGACGUGAUCACUACAAGUGCGAGUGAUACAUGGAACAGCGAUGCGAGCCCGAGCUCCGGCAGCAGCAUCUAUGACAUUCCGUGGAUCGACCGUUCCCCACUUGAUAUUGUCUUCGACCGGACGUGUUUCGAGGCGCUGGACGAAGAGCUACUACAACAUCCGGAACGCUCAUUUGCUGACCUCUGUUGGUCUCUGGCUGUCGACGACGCGCCUGAACGGAGUUUGACGCCGCGUGCCCUAAGGCAUCCGCCGCCGCCCUCACGCGAUCUUCGCCAUCCUAGGUCGAUGCCUGCCGUGCUAGAUACGCGCCGGGCACGACGACGCGAUUUCGACGACUUCAGUGACGAAGAUGACGACGACGACGACACGAAUCCCGCGUACUCGGAUGACGAUGAGCUUGACAAGCUGAACCUAGACGUUCCGCCAACUGCGAACGCGCAUCUAGCAUCUCACCUAAUGGCAAAACUAGACACCUUGCAUACUCUCCAUCUGCAUCCUUCGCACAUGGGCAAUGCAUACGCCGUGCCCAGCAGCCGAGCACGCGAUCGAGAAUCAUUCAUCAUGCUCGAACCCCUCAGCUUCGAGAUUCGACCCGAGGUAGCUGGUGCGGCAUCUAUUGGCGCGUUCCCGACACGACCGCGCAAACAGCCCAAGGCAACGACAUUCUCUCGGCGUCUGUUCGGAUACUUUGGGAACGCCAGCUCCAAAAGCCUCAACUUAAGUAAUACUAGGCGUGGUGCUGCUGGUCGCACCCGUUUUUGAACUUUCCUCGGAAUCUUGCUUAACACUCAGCUAUGUGUGUCUUGUGUUAAUCUCUGUUGUACUGUAUCGUCACUCAUUGAGUAAUAUCUGAAUAAAAGCGGGGGCCUUGGCCUCUGGGAGGCGUGUCAUUGUACAUUCAGGCAUGAUUGUAACUGGUUGACAAGAAUUAUCAUUACCUGUGUGCCAUCCAUCACCGCUCUGCGUCACCGCUGCAAUUAUCGCAAAACGGAGACGGUUGUCAUGAGAAGACGAUGAAGUGCUUGGAAAUCGCUGUAUCCCAAGAUCCGUACCCGAGUGCGCGGGCUCUUCAUGCACAAGCUCUGGACACUGCGCUCGCUAGGAACGAGGAGACCUUGGAAAGCAUACGGGAUUGAGACGUGCGACAUCGCCAGUCUGAGUAUAUGUUGCAAGCAUCACCAACUAGCAAAUUGCCCCUGUUUUCCGAGCUGAACGGCGGUUGGACCGGAUCCUCAGUCGUGACAACGAUAGACAGGCCAACUUCAAUCUUUUCAACGAGCGCUGACAUCGCAUCGGCCUUGAGAGGACCGAGAGGGAUCAUAGAAAGACUUUCCCCCUUGGGAAGACACACCAUUGAUGGGAGGACCAUAAGAUGUCGUGUUAAAUUUGACAUUCGUCCGGGAUAUCGAUUUUGUCAGCACUGGAACAUGGCCUAGAUCUCACCGUCGAUUCUGAAUUUCUAUUAUGAUCAAUGAAGCUUAGGUGUGAGGAUUUUCUGAUGAGCUGAUGACAAAAGCCUGCAAGAUGGUGAGACGAGUCAAAAUUUGAGCUUCAGACCCAUCAGCUUUCCGUUCUUGACCAAUUCGCCGGAGCGAGCGGCCGUAUUUCAUCGAGCACCAUCCAAGGGUUCUCUCCAAUUGGAAUUUGGCAUCAUCUGGGCUGGUAGGUAGUAGACACUUACACUUUUUGACAGAUGCGCGGUGGCCUUGCGAGGAAUGCAUUGUCGAAGGCAGAUUGUGGUGCGCAGCUCGGAUCAUGAGACGUUCUGUAUUGGACCAGUUCGCGGUGCUUUCAAGCUUUCACGUUGAAGGGCCUGCAACUUGAAUCCGUCACGUCGUCGCGCUCGUGAACUGAACUGAACUCGACAACGCGUGGUUGCAUGGCAAGAGACUAGACAAAGACCACGUGCCAAUGGCUGCGCUACGGACACGUGCUCGCCACCACCAUAUGACAAGAGAAUUUCACUUUGAAAGUAACAUGCUACGACACACCCGGGAUGAAAGACGCUCGGUGAAAGUAUAUUUCUUGUUCAAUAUUCGAGCCCAGUCAGAAGAUCGGAUAUCAACUCCGAUUUCCUCGCCAUCAAUACUCCGAAUGGCCGAAUCGAGCACGCCAUUGAACCCACAACUCAUUGAACGUUGCAUUUCACCGCUUCACUCUCACUUCAUGGCGACGAACAUCGAGGCGAAAGGACCGGUCCAUGAUCUCCCCACGCCAGAUCCUGAGUCCCCGAUGCGCACUCGCAAACCGUAUCGCUUCUCCACGUUGUGCGCAACUGUGGAAAACCCGGACAUGAAGGACCAGUAUGGGAGCAGCUCGGUGCCCAUCUACCAAUCCUCCACGUUCAAAGGUAUAGGCAACGCCUUCGACUAUUCGAGGAGCGGCAACCCCACGAGAAGUCACCUCGAACACCAUCUGGCCAAAAUAUCUUCUGCCGCGCAUGCGUUGACUGUUGCGUCUGGAAUGGCAGCCCUAGACAUCAUCUUGCGUAUCCUGAAACCCGGAGACGAGAUCAUCGCAGGGGACGACCUGUAUGGCGGGACCAACCGAUUGCUCACUCACAUCCGCACUCACGGAGGCAUCGUGGUCCAUCAUGUUGACACCACCGACCCAACAUCCGUUCUCAAAUACCUCAAAGCAGGCAAGACGGCGAUGGUUCUGCUGGAGUCGCCGACAAAUCCGCUGCUGAAGAUCGCGGACCUCGCUUCGAUCAGCAGGGACGUCAAAGAGCGAGCACCCGACACGAUCGUCGUGGUAGACAACACCAUGAUGAGCCCUUAUCUUCAGCGGCCGUUGGAGCAUGGCGCGGACAUCGUCUACGAUAGUGCGACCAAGUAUCUCAGUGGCCAUCACGAUCUCAUGGCGGGUGUGAUAACCUGCAACCGCGAUGAUCUGCACAAGCAAAUGGCCUUCACGAUCAAUUCCGUCGGCAAUGCACUGGCCCCCAAUGACUGCUUUCUUUUGCUGCGGGGAACCAAAACACUGGCGUUACGCAUGGAUCGUCAGCAGGCUACGUCGCAACUUGUUGCGUCGUAUCUCCACGGUCUUGGCUUCAAAACCAACUACCCGGGCCUUCCUGACCAUCCUGGCCGCGAGAUCCACGAGCGCAUCGCUACUGGCAACGGUGCUGUGCUCAGCUUCGAGACUGGCGACAAGGAACUCAGUGAGCGAAUCGUCGGCGGUACCCGAUUGUGGGGAAUCAGUGUCAGCUUUGGCUGCGUGAACAGCCUGAUCAGUAUGCCCUGCGUCAUGAGCCAUGCCUCGAUCGAUCCUGCUGUGCGAGCAGAACGAGGUCUGCCUGAAAAUCUCAUCCGACUGUGUGUUGGUAUCGAGGACCCUGGUGACUUGAUUGACGAUCUCGAAAAUGCACUCAUGGAAGCGGGUGCGAUUGCUUUUGAUUCUCAGCAAAACAAAUACAUCCGUGUGCGUCCGACAUUGAAUGAGCAACUCAACACGGCAGUCCAGAAGCUGGGCCUGGAAGAGACAGUGGAUCAAGAAUGGUUCGUCAGUGCGCCUGGCAAAAUCAUCCUGUUUGGAGAGCACGCAGUCGUCCACGGAGUUACAGCCAUCGCCGCAUCGGUCGAUUUGCGAUGCUUUGGUCUUGCUACCCCUCGAAAUGAUGGGAGAGUUUCGGUUCAUUUCACGGAUAUUGACAACUUCUACCACGAAUGGGAUACACAGUCGCUACCUUGGGAUGCGGUGACCCCUUAGCAGCUGGGGAGGAGCAUGGAGACACGUUGGACCAAGUGCUUUUGGACGCGAUCACGGCUGGACCCUUACAAGACAUCGAGCCUGCCACCAAACACUCGAGAACGGCCAGCCAGGCAUUUUUGUACAUGUACCUUAUGAUAGGGCAUGGCCGAAGGCCGUCUUUCAAUUUCACCGCUCGCGCCACACUUCCUGUCGGUGCUGGCCUUGGGUCUUCUGCUUCGUUCUCGACCUGUGCGGCCACGGCGAUCUUGCUCGUGAACCGUGUCAUCUUUCUGCCGCCUCCUCCCCAACCCAGCAGCACUGACGGUGGUGUGGCCCAUGUCCAUAUCUCCCACCAGGGACGGAGGUUCAUCCCUCCGACCGUUGCAGAACGGGUGAACAAGUGGGCCUUCGUUUCGGAAAAGAUCCUGCACGGAAAUCCCAGCGGAGUGGACAACAGUGUCGCUGUGUUCGGUGGAGCGCUUGCUUACACGCGUGCUGGAUUCUCGUUUGGCGGCAAGGCCGGAAUGGAACAAAUCCAAGCUUCAAGUCUCUCAAGUUUCUACUCACCAACUCCAAGAUUCCCCGCGACACCAUGCAGCUCGUUGCUGGCGUCGGUGCAUUGAAGGCGCGAGAGCCUGAACUUGUGGACGGGAUUCUCAACUGUGCAGGCCAUCAGUGAUGAAGCUCGCCGAGCGCUGGCUGAUCCCGAACUCUCCCGAACUGAGUUGUUGUCUGCGAUCUCAUCGUUGAUCAAAGAGAACCACCAGCAUCUCGUGGCGCUCGGUGUCUCGCAUCCAUCGCUAGAGUCUAUCCGCGCGACGACAGCCAAGGCACCGUACGACCUGAGCACCAAGCUAACCGGAGCCGGCGGAGGCGGAUGCGCUGUGACACUCGUUCCCGAUGACUUUCAGGGCGCAGCUCUGAGCAGCUUGAUGAAUGAAUUGAUUGAGGAUACAUUCGUGCCGUAUCUGACAUCCGUCGGCGGGAGCGGCUUGGGUAUUCUUUCGCCCUACACUGCUCCCAAUCUCGGCCAGUCAGUGGAAGUCUCUGUCCCAAGUGGUCCCGUUUCCCCGCCCGAAACUCCUGGAUCCGAGCACCCUGCGCAGCUUGAUCUUCGUCUCGCAUUCGAAAAGCAGACCCUCAAUGGCCUUGGAUCUUGGGCCGAAGGGCUUGGUCGUUGGCUAUUCGUCUAAACACUGCAUUUUAUCCAUCUACCUGUACAAUAUCUACUUCGUUGUCUUUGAGGUGGCUUGAACAAAACCUACCAACCUGUAACAGUUGUAACAGCACUCCAAGAAUAUGGGUGACGUCACGCGUCAAUCAAUUAAAAUCACUGCUCGCUUGACAUUCCCCAUGUCCUCGACAGCCAACUUGCAGCGAGAAUCUGACUCUGAGGAAGACCAUGACUAUGUACCGCCCGCUGGCGACGUAGACUCUUCCGACUCAGAGCAACCUCGGUUGAAACGCGCUCGAACAAGCUCACCCAAGCUCAAAGAUUCUCAUAUAUCCCCAGAUUUGUAGAGCACGCCAACAGCUGUGGAAAGACUUCCAAACAUCGGUCGAAAGCGAUGCCAAGCGACCUGUGCAGCCCGUUGAAGCAAAGAAAUUGGUGAAGAUCGAAAAGACAUUUCUCUUUGCCGGGGAGCGCGUUGUUCAGGUUGUCGAGGUUCCCGAAGACUCAGCUGAUGCGACAAAGUGGCCUCGAUGGCAGCCGAAGGUUCCAUCACCAGAAGCGGGCCCUUCGGAGCCUGCUCCGACAAGCGCAUCUGCAACCAACGCUCAGCCCCCUCACAAGUCACGCCCAGGCCCGCGCAAGCCGAAAACCACAUUAGCGGCGAUUCCCACACAGAAGGCGCGCAAACUGUCGACAUUGGACAAGUCUGCCAUGGACUGGAAGGCGCAUAUCAGCGCGGAGCCCCCCAGUGUCAGAGAUGAUCUGAACGCCAAUCGAAGGGGCGGCGGAUAUCUCGAGAAGGUCGAGUUUUUGGAGAGAGUGGAUGCACGGAAAGAAGAUCUGUACGAGGCAAACAAGAGUUCAAAGCGGCGGCGAUGAGCAUCCAGUCGCGUUUGUAUCAGGAUUAGAUAUUCUGUAUGUAUGUAUGCACAUUAGGUCUUCCCAGUUAUCUCACUGUGAUAAAUCCAAGCCUCUCAAUCAUGUCAGACCAAAUGCAUUUUCUGGUCUCAGUCUUCG